UCCUAUAACAAUUGUAAUACUCCAUCUUCCUCAGCUGCUUCUGUUCCAAUGAUCCAUCUCUCAUCCUAUGUGGUUUGCGGUUCUCCUCCUUUUGCUUGGGUCACAUGAUGUGACACAGUUCGGUUCUUCACCCAGAUCAUCUACAAUGUUUGGUCUUAUUAAAGGGGUUUCCCAACUUCAGGGCGGCAAUGGCUGCUGCUUCCCUCCAGCUGCUAAGAAGGACAAUACAGAUAGUGCGGCCUUCAUACUGGUCAGUGCGUAUAAAUUACCACCAACUACCCCCGCUAUAGACUGUGGACCGGACAAAGUGUUCAAAGACUGCGGGACGGCCUGUCCUCUGAACUGCACCCACACCAAACCGGUGCCCUGCAUUAAGAUCUGUAAGUCCGGCUGCUUCUGUAAGGAAGGAUUAGUGGAGCUGGAAGAUUCAUGUGUAGAGAAGGAGAAAUGUGAGUCCUGCACCGGGAACACCACGUACACAGGAUGCGGCACCACGUGCCUCACCACCUGCAGAAGUCGGCCCGAUGAGCCCAUAAGGUGCACCGCACAAUGUUACAUAGGCUGCCAGUGUAAACCGGGGUACGUGCUCCUGGAUGAAGAGAAGAAGAUAUGUGUCCUGCCUGAGGAUUGUCCCAAGGACUGAAUUAUAGGAAAACCCUGGAGCUCCCCCUGAGGACGCCACAUGUCCCCCGCUAUAGACUGUGGACCGGACAAAGUGUUCAAUGACUGCGGGACGGCCUGUCCUCUGACCUGCGCCCAGCCCAAUCCGGUGC